GUUUCAUAUACAUGAAAAGCAUAUGUAGUAUUCACUGUAUAGCAAUACUAAAGUAAUGUCAUUGAUGUCAAAAGAUAAGCAAUAACAUAACAUUGUAAAUACAGACAUGUUAUAGAAACAGUUGUUGUAUCUGACUACUGUAUAUUUUAGGAGACUGAUUGAACUAUACCAGAAUAGGUUUGUCUCUAUCUAAGUAGUGCAUGUGGAUUGAGUGGGCUUGACUGAAAUAAAUCUUUCAGAUCUGCCUAAAGCCAACUGGCACUCAUCAUACAUAAUGUAACGGUUCAUCAUGUUGCCCAUCUGCUAAAAUCGUAUUUCAUACUGCAGGUCUAAUCCAUUCCCUGUGAUCAGGCAGCAUGAAACCUCCUGUGCCGACCAAUGUGACCUCAGGUGGCACGUAGCCUUCUCCUGCUGCUUCUCCUCCUCAUUGGGAAUGUAUAUUCAUUCUUUUAUCUCUAGUCUUUUAAUUUACAUUUCAAAAAAACAACGGCAUGUCUUUCUCUCAGUGAUUAAAUGUUGCUACUAAGUACAUUUACUCACGUACAAAUUUGAAGUACUUGUUUACUUGAGUAUUUCCUUUUACUGCCUCUUUAAACUUCUGUCCAUUUACAUUUCAAUGGAAAAUGUUGUUCUUUUUUACUCUACUAAAUUAGAUUUAGAGCUUUAUUCACUGGUUACUUGAUGGCUUAAGAUUUUACAUACAAAAGAUAUGGAAAGCUUAUGAAAAAUGACUGCACUUUUAUAGAUUAAACUACCUGAAAGUACAUAAAUAAUUCAAAUUAGCUCCACCUCGCUCCACCUACAAUAUUAAAAUCCUGCUUACAUAUUAAUGCAUCAGUAAUAAUAAUGUAAUACUAUACUAUGUAGUAACAUAACACUCGCAGGGGCCUUUUUUUUAAGCAUCAUCAGUACUUUUACUCUUGAUACUUUUCUGUAAAUACAUACCAUUGCAAUAAUACCUACAUACUUUUAGUGCUUCUAUAUCGCAGUAAGGCUUUGUUUAUUUAAGUAAAGGAUCUGAAUAUUCGCUAGUGUAAUAUGGAUAAAAAUUGAAACGCAUGUAUCUGUAACAUCACAUAUUGUACCGUGCUUGAUGUGCUAAGAGAUGUUCUUCCAAGAACACAGUGUAUUAAUUAUUGUUAUAUUGUUUAAACUUUGUCCUGAGUUUGUUGUUUUACUACCAAUGCUCCUCUGUUUGUCAUUUAUGAGGCAGGAUUGCUAUAACUUACUAUAACUUGCUGGUAAGUGACUUUCUUUUUUUUUUUUGGUCCUGUUUUUUCUCUUUUAUGUUUUUUAAAGCUAAAAUGUGAAUUUAGGCUUUGGCAGAUGACACAGUGAGAGCAGCCUUACUCAACAUGGGAAACAUGUCACAACUGGUCCAAGGCUGUCGAGAAAAAAAGAUUUGAUCCAUACUGAAAAAAUUCAACUUGACAUUUUGACCUUUGGUUCUUUAUUUUGCUCUGUUAGACACUUGUUGCCAUUUGUUGAAUGUAAAAGUACAUUUACUUAAAUCCUGCACUUAAUAGCAUUUUUAAGGAACAUGUGUUUUACUUGAGUGUUUCCUCUUUACUAUUUCCUUCUUCUCAACUACAUUUCAGAAAUAUUUCCCUUUUUUUAAAUCUACUACAUUUAUUUGACAAGCGUGGUUUGCUGAAUAAGAUCUUACAUAACAUAUGAUGAACUUGUAAACUACAAUACAUUGUUAUUGUCAUUGAAUACAUAGCUCCAAGUCGGCCAGCUUUAACAAUACAAUGAUAGAUUAAUGCAUCAGUAAUACAGUAGUAAUAUAAUUCAUAAAGAUCUAAUAUUUUAACACUCAGAUGCCAUUUUUCUAUAAAAUGAUUAGUUUUGCUCAUAAUACUUUCAAAUUUGAAAGACAGGACAGGACCUGUAACGCAGUAUAAUUAGCUAUACAAUGAUUAACAUUGUUGUAUGGAUAUGUUUACGUAAAUAAAGGACCGGAAUACUUCUCCUAUCACUGCUUGUGGAAUCUUUGGUUCCAUAUUAUCCACACAAUGGAAAUGGACUGGGCUCAGGGCUAUUUUAACUAGGCCGUUGGACUUUAAAAUGUUUCUAUCUACCGUACACAGUGCACAGUGAAUAAUUUCUUUCUGCUGAGCAAGCAUCUUGUGUCUUGAAGUAGUUAGUUUCUCUGAUGAUGAAUCCAAUUUCCAGCAAAAUAACUCAAAUCCACCUAAUUUUAAAAUAAUGAUCAUGCAUUUCUGCUUCUUUCUCCCAAGCUCUCUCCCUCACCUUCUCCCCUCCUUUCCCAUAGUAGAAAAAUCCAAAGUAAUGUCAACAUCUAACUUAUAGUUUUUCACUCAGUGGCAAGCCGUCAUACAUACGCUCACAUGAAAGCAAAGUUUUCAAUGUAAUAUUUCAGAAUCAGCCAUUUUUUAAGUCAAAAUAGUAUUUUCAACACACCAGCAAAAACCAUGUUUCCAGGUCUUGUACUUUCCCAACUUCUUAGUCACUCAAUAUGUUGCAACUGCCUGUCCUUGACAAAGGUCUGCGUAGCGAUGGCUCCUUGUUUACUUAAUAAGUAAUGAUUAGAUUGGGGGACUCUGCGCCCCAAAUGACUCACCAUUUUGCAAGUGAACCCAGCUGAAUCUGAUAUAAGGAGCAGUCUUGCUGAUACUCAUUCAACUAGAAAACAAGAGAUAAUGAAUGCCCGGUGUGCCCUUGCUUUCUUCUGGUUGGCAUGUUUCUGCCAUGGCACUCUCUCCUGCCCGGCUCUUUGCAAGUGCUACUCCAGAAGAGCUGAGGUGGUCUGUAACGAGGUCCCCCUGACAGAGUACCCCUCCGAGGGUCUCCCGAAGAACACCACCAUGUUGACAAUCCAGUUCACAAAUAUCACCAACAUCUCUGAGCAGCAUCUAAGAGCCACUCCCCUGCUGAAAGGGCUCCACCUGUACAACAACCACCUGCAGCACCUUUCCUCUAAACUUCUCCGAGGCGUUCCUCACCUCAACACUUUGGAUCUCACAGGAAACAAACUGACUGACCUGCCUGCAGAUGUCUUCAGCCAUGCCCCCCUCCACACAUUGGUGCUUAAGAAUAAUCUGAUUGAAAAUGCAGAUGCAGAGUGGCUCCCUGAUAACAGCAGCAUCACCUGGUUGGACUUAUCUGGAAAUCGUUUAAGAAAGUUCAGAAAUGCAUUGUUCCUGAAGUUGCCGCACCUUGAGAAUCUUGACCUUUCCGACAACAGUCUGGAGGGGAUCUCUGCCAAUGCUCUGGACCCGCUGACCAAACUUGAGAGGCUAAACCUGCAGGACAACAAGCUACACACCCUAGAUGCAUCUCUACUUCAGAGCACCCGCAACCUCACCUAUCUGUUCCUCUCUCGGAACAAACUCAGCGCAAUCCCCCCACACCUUUUUCAGCAGCUCUCUCAGCUCAGAGUCCUGAGUCUGGAUGACAACCAGCUGAGCCACAUCCCUCCCAGUUUGCUGGACCCUCUGAACUCCUUGGACGAUGAGGGUCUGGACCUUUCGGCCAACCCCUGGCUGUGUGACGGGAAGAUGAAGUACCUCUGGAGGUGGCUUCAGAAGAACAAGACGAAGCUCUUCCUACCAGAGUACAUCGUAUGUGCUGGACCUCAGUCUCUAUCAGGCCGCUCAGUGAUGUCACUGACUGAAAGUGAACUAAAUCUUCAGUCUUAAAACUUUUCCAUCCUCAUAUUG